AGGUUUGUUACGGUGUUGCGCGAACCACACUAUCCCGAUAUACCCCUCUCCCCCUACUCCUCACCUCUUCAUCUUCGUCUCCGCCGUCUCUGUCUCUGCUUCGUCUUUACCUCAUCCAUGGCGUCUUGCGCAACCGACACGGCGGCGGCUCUCCGAGCAGCGGAGUGCAGGGACGGAACCGCCGCGGAUCACAUGAAACUGAUCUCCAUCUUCGUCAUCUUUGCCACGAGCGCCGUUGGAAUCUCUUCGCCGGUUCUCCUCGCGCGGUAUUUUCAGGGGAAGCCUCUCUACGACAAGGCGGUUCUGGUGAUCAAGUGCUUCGCAGCCGGCGUCAUUCUCUCGACGUCGCUCGUCCACGUUCUCCCCGACGCGUACGACUCGCUCGCCGACUGCCACGUGGCCUCCCGCCAUCCGUGGAGGGAUUUCCCCUUCUCCGGGCUUGUGACGCUGAUCGGAGCCCUAACGGCGCUGUUGGUCGACUUGACGGCGAGCGAGCACGUCGGACACGGCGGCGGAGGAUCGAAGGUUGAGUAUUUGCCGGUGGGGGGGAAGGAGAUGACAGAUGGGAAAAGCGGGGCGGAUUUGGAAUUUUCUGAAAGUAGUGAGGAGGAAAUGGUGAAGAUGAAGCAAAGAUUAGUGUCUCAAGUGCUUGAGAUUGGGAUAAUAUUUCACUCUGUGAUCAUAGGAAUGACGAUGGGGAUGUCGCAAAAUCAGUGUACGAUCCGACCAUUGAUCGCUGCGCUUUCGUUCCAUCAGAUUUUCGAGGGCAUGGGCCUCGGCGGCUGCAUCGCUCAGGCGGGUUUUGGGGCGGGGACAGUGUCAUACAUGUGUAUGAUGUUCUCGGCCACAACCCCGGCAGGAAUACUUGUAGGGAUGGUGGUUUUCUGGGCAACAGGGUAUGAUGACCGUAACCCGAACGCCCUCAUAAUGGAAGGGUUAUUGGGGUCACUUUCAUCUGGGAUUCUGAUAUAUAUGGCCCUCGUCGAUCUCAUCGCCUUGGACUUCUUCCAUAACAAGAUGAUGACGGCCGACACCGUGUCUGGUUCCCGGCUGAAGAAGCUGUGUUUCAUGGCUUUGGUGUUGGGUUCUGCUUCCAUGUCUCUGCUUGCUCUCUGGGCUUGAAGUUUGUGACCCCCUCUUGUAACUAACAUGUCAGCCAAAAGAGAAUAAUGGCAUUGAUGAAAAGUUGCAUCUAACCCUUUUGGGCAAAUUUCAUUUGAAAUUGAAACAAAUAUUUACUGAGAUUUGCUCUUUGGUAUU